AUGAUUGAGAAAUAUGAGUUGAAAGGGAAUAUGUGGUGUGAAGCACAAUUUUUGACCAGAACAAUGUGGGCUGAUACAUUCCUACGUGGCCAUUAUUUUGGGGAUGCUAGAGCUACAGGAAGGUGUGAGUCAAUGAAUGCAUUCUUAAAGAGAGACUUAGUUAUGGAUUUGCCAUUGUGGAUGUUCUUGCGUCAUUGUGAUAUUUCUCUAGCUAUGUUACGUUACAAUGAAAUGAGAGAACACUACAAGACAACAAUGACAGAUCCAGUACUCAAUCAAACUAAUAUGGAAUCAGUGGAGGAUGAAAAAGCAUGGACUAGAACGAAUUACACAAUUUGUUCGGUAGCUAAAUAUAGACAUGAAAGCAGAAAGCGUACAGUUUUGUACUCUGAUGAUGGGGAAGAUGUGAGAUGUGAUUGUUAUUGGUUUGAGACGAACGGAAUACCAUGCCAACAUAUUUUCACAUGUAUGAAGUCUUUGCAUAAACAUUCAUUCCAAAGUUGUCUUAUCAACCAUCGGUGGCUUAAGGAUGCUAAAGAAAUUUUACCUGCAAAUUUGGGUCUUGAAAGAAAGUGUCCUCAUCCACAAAUGAUAGAAAAUUCAAGAUACGGUGGUGUCACCACACAAACUAGUUUAGUUGCUUUCUAUGCUACAAGAUCUAAAGCUUCAUUCGAAUUGACUAUGGAAGUGUUGUCGGAGUUGCUUGUGAAAUUGGAAAAAAUUCCUAGAGAUGAAGAUUAUUCACAAAAUAAUGCAGAUGAUGAUGAGUUUGGUGAUAAAAUUUUAGAUUCAAGGGUACUUCCGACAAAAGGUCGACCUAAACUCUCAAGGGCAUGCAAAAAUUCUUUUGGUGGAAGCAGUAGAAGAGCACAAAGUAAUAGUGAUGUUCGCGCUAAAAAGAAGAAAAAGUUAACUAGUGCUCCAAGAUAUUACAAGAUAUGUAGGGGAACUGAACAUGAUUCUAGGAAUUGUCCACAGAAAACAGAUUAA